CCGUCGCACAAGUCGUUCAUGAUAAAGAAGAAGCUUGGGAAGAAAAUGAGGCAGAACAGGCCUAUCCCUCACUGGAUUCGUCUCCGCACUGACAAUACCAUCAGGUACAACGCUAAGCGUAGGCACUGGCGCAGAACCAAGCUUGGAUUCUAA